UGAGUUGACCCAGAAAACAGGCAGUCGUUUCAAGAGUCGAUGCCUGCUUUCUGUACUGCGGUCCCGCUCGAGUAUGAAGCUUAACCCCAUGGAAUAUAUGUUCUAAUCCAGCGGACCCUCGCCGUGCAGUUUUUAAAGAAACAAAUAUCAUUGAAAUUACAAAGUCAGUGAACUUUGUAACAAGAACGUAUACCGUGAUUGGAGGAAGACGCCAUGGCUGAUCACAUGAUGAUGUCCAUGAACCAUGGGUUCCGGAUGGGGAUGAGCGGCGGCCUGCAGACGGGGCCCCAGCAGCAUGGGCCCCAGGCCGCCAUGCGCGGCAUGCCCACUGGACAGAUGAUGCACUAUGGUGGGGGAUCCCAGGGUGGCAUGGACGGCGGCAUGCGCCCGCGGAUGGGCAUGGUGGCGAAUGUGAACGGGCCUGUGAACGGAGCUCAGAUGGGGCACCACCACCAGAUGUCCGGCGGCAUGAUGUAUGGCCAGCAGCACCACCCGCAGCAGCAACCACAGCAGCAGCAGCAGCAGCAUCACCUGGUCCAGGCCCCCCAGCAGCAGUACAUGGGUGGAGGCCUCACCUCCCAGCAGCUCAUGGCCAGCAUGCACUUGCAGAAACUCAACACGCCGUACCAUGGACACCACCUCAUGCCCAUGAACGGGAACCACAUGGGCGGUGGACCGCAGUACCGGGUGGGUGCCGCUCAGCUGGCCGGCAUGCCUCACAUGGGCGGCCCGGCACUGGGCCUCAAUGUCAUGGACACGGACCUGAUUGACGAGGAGGUGCUGACCUCUCUCGUUGUUGAGCUGGGUUUGGACCGUGUUCAGGAACUCCCAGAGCUCUUCCUCGGCCAGAACGAGUUUGACUUCAUCUCAGACUUUGUGAGCAAACAGCAGCCCAGCACUGUCAGCUGUUGAGAGUCUCGGGGUUAGGUACCAUGUCUGGGUCACCCUGGGCCAAGGCUGGUUGGAGGUCGGGAACAAGCGGAGGCCAGCCUGGAAUCCUGCGUGCUUGUGUGUUUCUGUGGGUGUGUGUGUGUGUGUGUACUGGCACACGCACGUUCGUGUUUUAUGUAAACAGUUAAAACACUGAAAAGGGAGAAGAUGCCUUCAACCACAUGUCCUGGAGGACGUCUCGGUACUUCGUGGUGGUGCUCCUCAGCCUCGUCUGCCUUCCUCCCCCUGAACAUAUGGGAUGAAUGUAACGUCUCCUUGCAGGAUUCAGAAGCCACUUGGAACAAUAUAUAUAUAUACACACUGUGUUGCCUCAGUUGAAACAAUCAGACUCUACUGCAGUUUAUGAAAUUAUAUUCAUUCAAUCCCCCACACCAAGUGAUUAACAUGCUAAAUAGAAGGGUUGGGGGGGGGUGUUUGGGAAGAGUGAGGGCGAUUCAGCAUUUUGGGAUGGGGUUGGUAUGUAUUUUUUUUUGGUCAUGCAUGUAGAAGUUGAGGCCUUGUACGUCAAACCCAAUUCUUGUACAACACAUGUACACCUGCUGAUGCAUUCCAUAAAUACCGCCUCUACACUUUAGCUUGCACUGAUAUUCACGCUCAGCUGUUUGCUUUGUGCAGGUGUCACAGCCAAAUCUAGCACAGGAAUAACUUCAUAGAUUCACGCUUAGGUUAGCAAAUGCCUUAUAUUUAUUGCUUUGGUUAUCGUGGUUAGGGCCUAAGGAUUCCAGUGAUUUUAAUUUUUUUUAAUUUUAGGAUAAAAAUGAUAUGGUCAUAAUGACGGCCUACUGGAUCAGUGUGGCUUGGUUAAACAACUGAUUUUGUACGGUCAUUACUGAAAGGUAGAAAAAUUCGCCAGGAAUUUUUGGUUUUGUACGAUUUCUACUGAUAUGAUUAACCACAGCGCUGAAAAAUAUUCUUAAAAAACAACCCACUGGUUGCUAGGACAAGCAAGGAAAUUUGCCUAGGUGUCCAGCACAGAACUUCUGGUAUUUUUAGCCGAGUACAAGCCCAGCUUCAGAAUGGGGCGUGAAUGGUGUUUGGCUUGCGGAGUUCGCCUGUCAACUUUGGCAGAGCAACGAGGAACUUAAGAUAUCGUCUCAUGUUGCAACUAGUCCCUUUAUUUUCCUCUGGUACGCUGCCAAUUUCCUAUGUGUGGUUCAUGAUGGUGAACGUUGUAUGAGAUGCUUUUGCGAUGCCGCUGUUCUCAACCAGCCCAGAUAACAAAGGUUGGAGGCACCACUGUCAGCAGGUUACUUAGACCAGGUGCCUGAGGACAUCUAUGCUGAAGACAGUGUAGAUUCCAAGACUUGAAUUAUCAUCAGUUUCCCCUGGAGAAAUUCAAGAAGCUGGUUUGUGUUUGCCAUGUAAAAUUGAGUUGCUUGGCCAUGUGUUUCUAUACACUAGUCACCGACCCUGUAUACUGAACACCAUUGCUAUUUCUAGUUCAUAGGCAUGAAUUCCCAAUUGCCCCAGUACCAUCUCAGUGGUUACACUGUUCUGUAGCUGCAUCUUGCAAGUAUUUUCAUAAAGAGUAAGGACAACGGUCUUCCUCAGCCAUGAUUUACUGGAAAAUAAAACAAGGAAGGUCAAGAAGCAGAGGUGUGUGCUUGCGUGACUGGAUGAUGCAAAGUGUUGAUGACCACGACAAAGGUUAGUCCUAGAGUGGCUUAAGCAGGUUUGACAUUCUGUGUGCUGCCAAAAUCCCGUAUGCUCUCGGCCCAAGCAUGCCUGAGCUUUAAUCUUGGGUUCUGCAGGAACUGAGUGAUAAGACCGACCUGUGUCAUUUCUGGUCUGGGUCCUCAGCAUAGGUCAGGAGUGAACAGGAAGCCACCUCACUAUGGGAAUCUGCAGAGUGGAGGCUGAGUAAUUGUGGGCUAUUGCCAUCAGAUGUGUCAACAUGGCAGGUUUCAUUAUAGGUCGUUGUCUCUUUCUUUGGACUUCCCAGGUUCUCUGAAGUUCUACAAAGAUCACUUGCAUUUUUGAUCCUUCCCCCAACCUUUUUCUCAAUCUCUGUUUCGCUUUGUUUAGUGUUCCCUUUCAUGUUACUGAUUUUAUUUGGGAAAAAAAAUGUAUUUAUUUUCAGCAAUAAUAAUAAAAUAUUUAUUUAAUGAAUAA